AGAUGGUCUGAAGGGCCUCCCGCGCCGAGGCGGCACCGCCCAGCCCUCCUUGGCCCGCCGGCCGGCCGGCAUCCUCCGCUCGAGACCCGGGAGCAGCUGAGCCAUGCACCGGAAGGGGAGCAGCGCCGGGCGCGGUCAAGACAAGGGCGCGCACUCGGGGGCCGAGACAGGCGGGUCAGAAUACAGCCAUGUGUCAUCUUCUAGCUGUGAGCUUUCUGUGUGGAAUGUACGGGACCCUUUUCUUGUUAGUGCACACAUCAUUGCAGAUCCAGGAGAAUCCAGUGCUCUCCAGCAAGCUAUUGAUAAUAUAAUGUCGUGGAUCCACCCAGAUCUCCAGCUCUUCCAGGUUGCAGAAAGGCGAAUGCCAAGGAAGACUAGGAAACAUGAUAAGACUGUCAAUUCUCAGCCAGCCCUUGCAGUAAUUCUGUUUCUUCAAGAAGAGGAAGAUGAAAAGCUGAUUGUGCAGCUCCACAAGUCCUUUCAAAGGCCACCUUGGCGUUACCACCACACAGAGCAGGUGCAUGGCAAUUUCCUUCCUUACAUGCCAGGUGGCCAGGACUUCUUCACCUUGGCACAAGGGACUCCUUUGUGGGCCAUUCGACCAGUGCAUUAUGGGAAGGAAAUAGUGCGCUUUACCAUCUACUGCAGUCAUGAAAACUUUGACAACGUUAUGAAGCUUUAUGAAUUAAUACUGAGAAGACAGACUUGUCAGAAAAGGGCAGACUUCUGCAUAUUUCUUAUCUAUUCUAAUGUGGACAUAGAUAUUCAGUUUUCCUUGAAAAGACUUCCGAGAGGCCACAUCCCGCAACCCACGGAUUCGGCUGUGCUGGAGUUCCGAGUGAAAGAUAUUGGGCAGCUUGUACCGCACUUGCCCAAUUCCUGCAGCCCAAUCAGUGAAGGCAGAUGGCAAACUGAAGAUCCUGAUGGGAAUAAGAUCCUUCUCCGGCAGGCCUGGUGUAAGAAAUAUGCUAAGCAGAAUCAAUGUUGCCAACCUUCGCUGUCAAGGAACCUUCCUCAUGUUCCACUUCUAAGUUUUGUUCCUCACAGUAAUAGAUGGACUGCUAAAAAAACAAGCAGUCUUUCAAGGCCAGCUGAAUCCCUUAUGUUUCUGCACACUGAUCAAUGCCUUGGUGUUUCUCGGCAAGACUUGAGAAGCUGUGAUAAAAAAUUUGACAGUGCCUGUGCCAACUCUGAUGUGUUUCAGCGAAGCAAGUCUCUUGUUUGCUUACCCACAACAAGCUCUUCACUGGGCCUUGGAUCUUUUCAUCUUAAUAAGCUGGGCUUAUUGUUAAGCACUUUUUCUUCUGGUCGCAGGACAAGAACCAAAGUAAACCUUGAUGACUUAGAGGGAGUUCAGGAGACAGAUGUAGAUACAGGGAUGAAACUUGCUUCGUCUGACCUAUCUGUGGUCUCUGCUUAUUCCGUUCCCAAUGGAUUCAGUAACACUUUGGAAGGAACAACCAAGUGCCCUACACAAGAACAUGGUGUCAGUAGAUUUAAGCAGGCUGUCUCUGAUGGAAUAUCCAUUUCAGCCAAGAGCAACCCCUAUGAGAUACCUUCCAGCUUUCUUCCUUGUCCUUUCGUUGGGUCUUCAACCUCUUCUACAUUAUCUUCAGCUACUUCUUCAGAAGCUCACUUUGAGAUCAAAUAUUUACCAAGAAGAAAGCUUGUUUCUUAUGAUGACAGCCGGACAACGGGUGGUGGGAAAUCCACUGAAGAAGAAUUCUUCAUCUGAA